AGUUCGCGAUCGGGUGGGUUCGGGACAACGACGCGCCGCGUCUCACAACGCAAUCAGACGAGUUCGCAACCGGAAGCGUCGCUGACACGCGUUGCAUGUUUCGUGCAUACUUCCGAUCGGCCAUCUUUUCUACUCUCGUGUGGAUUUUGUGAAGAGCCUGCAACGGAAUUGCCCCGCGUCUUGUUCUUCGAACGUCAAUUUGGAAAACGCUGAAAAAUGCCGGGUUUUAGCAGUGUUGGCACGUUCAAAAUCUUCAUUGGUAAUUUAGCCGAUAAGACCUCGAACGGAGACAUCAAGCCGCUGUUUGAGAAGUAUGGCAAAGUUGUGGAAUGCGAUGUGGUAAAGAAUUAUGGCUUUGUGCAUAUGGAAAAUGAGGAAGCUGGAAGGAAUGCGAUUCAAAAUCUGAAUGGACACAUGGUUCACGGACAGCCAAUAAAGUGUGAAGCGGCAAAGAGUCGUAAGGGUCCCAAUACUCCCACCACGAAAAUCUUCGUCGGUAAUCUUACAGAUAACACAAAGGCGCCGCAAGUACGGGAACUGUUCGCCAAGUAUGGCACGGUUGUCGAGUGUGACAUCGUACGAAACUACGGUUUUGUUCACCUCGAGGCCGCGGGCGACGUUAACGAGGCUAUCAAGGAGCUCAACGGACAGAUCGUGGAUGGACAGCCAAUGAAAGUGCAGAUUUCUACGAGCAGAGUGAGACAGAGGCCAGGAAUGGGCGAUCCGGAGCAAUGCUAUCGAUGUGGACGAGGCGGUCACUGGUCUAAAGAAUGUCCCAAGGGCGGAAUGGGAGGCGGUCCCGACAGAAAUGGAUAUAGGGACAGGAUGUUCGGACGUGAUCCUUAUCCGCCGCCUCCACCACCACCGUUCCUUCGGGACAGGCUCAUGGGUGGUGGCCGCUUUGGAGACUAUGAGAGCUACUACGACAGACGGGGCUUCGAGGACACCAGGGAUCUUUACGAAAGGCGGUUUACUGGUAUGACAGGGCCCGACAUGGGAAAUCCCAUGUGUGGGCCUGACUAUCCACCAAUGUCAAUGCCACCUGCAAGACGAGAUCCAAUGUCUCCUAUGCCUCCUCUAGGUAUGGGAUCCAUGCGUGACACUGGCUUCUCCCGUGGUAACGAGUACGGUAUGUUCAGCCGCCGAUCACCCCCUCCAAGUGGCAACAACGGCCGGUUCAGUAGAGGCAUGUACGAGGACUUCAGCCGAGAUUCGUUUGAAGAGCGUAGACCGGGAUUACGAGGGCCAUCGCCGUCGCGCCGGUUCGCACCAUACUAAAUCGUCGCGUCGGGCUCGGAUCGGUCUCUGUGUCGGUCGUCGGUCCGUCGGGUCUGUCUGUCGCUAGCAGGAAGCCUCGGAAAACGAGAUACAGUCUUGGCCGUCUUGCGAACUGCACGCGUGAAGAUCUGCCGCCCGCUCUACGUGAAAUAUGUGCUACCCUGCGAUCUGUUUAUACGAGCCAAAAAUCGGAGACAAAAAUAAUAAUAAUAAUAAUAAUAGAGCGACACCAAAACGAAAAUAUACAGCCAAGCCACACAAGUAGCGGAUACUCGCAGAAAAAUUUACGAGAAUUAUCUCACGAAAAAAUUUAUCCCCCCUCCCCCCUGUUUUGCCCGUCCUCGACUCCUCGAUCUUUCCGAGACUCUCUCGCUUAACCGAUUUUCCCUCGAUUUGUGUAUACCUCUCGUUGUUUUUGAACCGUUAUAUAUAAAUCUCUUUCUCUCUCUCUCCCUCUCCCUUUAUCUUCUCAACACCUUCUCUUAGAUCACACACUCCUUCGUUCUCGUUUUACAUUUGUACAAAGGAUCAGAAUUAGAGUUACCCUAAGAACUCGAUGUGUAGUGUAGCUCCACCGCGAAGACUCCUCGAUCCAGGUUCUCGAAACCAAAAUUUGUUUUUUGGUUUUUUUUUUUUUUGGUUUGCGACAAAAAAAAACAAAUUUUCACUUGAUGGAUCUCCUAUUUUUCAAGUUCGCAAACAACUUUUCACUCGAUUGAAGACGGAUUUAUCGACGUUCGACUUUUUAAAUCGCAACUUUUUCGAAAAAUGGAUUGGUCGAAUCGACGAGUGUUCCGGUGGAGAAUUUAUUCCGCGGCGACACGAUCACUGUUUCCGUGACGAUGACGCGUCAUACCGUGUCUUCUCCCAUCGUUUGUGCAGCGAUGGAAGAUCACGUGAGACUUGAAACGAUCAAUCUCGAAACAUCUCGGGACCGUCUUCGUUCUCACCCAUGGAGAACCGUGUGAAGAAGAGAAAAGGAAAGAGACAGUUUGUCGAAGUAUUUCGAGAAUGAAUCGUUAAAAAAAGUCUCAGCGAUCUUCCAGUCGCUGCCCAAAGUCUUUGCGCAACGCGAUAGGGACUCGUGUCGCGCGCGUACGCGUCACAUUUCGUCGCGAGAGACGUAUCGAGAGACGAAUUCUAACCGAUUUAUAGUGCGUAAGUAAGGCGUUCAAAUAUCGACAGAUUGUUCAUAAAGCUUGUUACCAAUCAUCAUCCCUCCCGCCCCCCCCGCGUACGACGAUUAUUGCGUGGUUGUACUACACGUACAACUCGUGAUUUUUAAAUCUGUAGAUCAGUCGAAGAACCGAGUUCUCUCUGUCGUCAUUGUUUUGCUGUGCCGAAUGAGUGUGAGAUCUUCCGCCGGAUCAUAGCGCCCAAAUCUUUAUUAUUGCCAGAUUCUUAUUACCGACGUAUAUAAUUCGUCGUCUGGAAUAAAAAAUUUAAAAAAAAAAAAAAAAAAAAAUGAAAUGCGAGAAUGAAUUGUACCAGGGAUGCGUCGCGGGAUUUGUUCGCGUUCAGACGAUUUUGUCCGCCUUCAUGUGUAUCUCGGUCGGAAUUGUUCACCAGAUCACUCCUUAUCGGCGAAAACAAACCGCGACACGGUCUCUACCGUGAAGGGUAAAAUUGAAAAAAAAUUAUGCGAAAAACUUGUAGUAUCUUCUGAGCGAGAACUUUAGCUUUAAUUUUCGAACGUACGAUUGAAAAGAAGACGAAAAACAAAUUGAGCGCAGAUCGUAUAUAUUUUCCGAGACGGUCGAAUCUACUGUCGUUUGGAUGAGCAAUAUCCUAUUAUUUUUUAAAUAGAUAUUUUGUAUAGAAAAAAACAAAACGUAUAAAUCUAUAUAGAUUAUUACUGAAGUUGCGGUUUCACAUUUAGUAGACAUUUAGUAUAUUCGCGAAAGAACGUAGGCGUCGUAUUUGCAAGAAAACGUGCGAAAUUUUUCUUUUUUCCCCUUUUCAAAAUGUAUAAUGGGAUUAAUGCGGGUUCGACCGUUUAGAAAAAUUUUCUCACUUCUUUCUCUCUCUCACACUCUCUCAGUAAAAAAAAGAAAAAAAAGAAAGAAUUAUAAAUUCGACGUAGGACCCGGUAGGAUGCGCCGAUUCUGUAUGGAAAAAAAACAAAAAAACAAAAAAAAAAUCCAAGUGACCGAACAUUUAUGCUUAGCGUAUAUAGUACCGUAAUCAUUUUAUUAACGUAGAA